AUGUCCCCAACGGCGGUUCUCAAUGGCGACGCCGUCAACAUUGUUAACAUCCAUGAGGAUGACAUGAAGUUCUCUCUCGAGGAUGAUUUGUUCAAAAAUAUCGAUCCGCCCAAGGGCAAGAGACGUUCAUUUCCUACCCUCUUGCUCUAUGACGCCAAGGGCCUGAAGUUAUUCGAGAAAAUUACCUACUUGGACGAAUAUUACCUCACCAAUGCCGAGAUCGAUGUUUUGACCACACACGCAAGGAGGAUCGUGGAGCGAAUCCCGGAAAACGCACAACUGGUAGAGCUUGGUAGUGGAAACUUGCGCAAGGUCGAAAUUCUCCUGCGGGAAUUUGAACGGAUGGAGAAGAAGGUGGACUACUAUGCUCUUGACCUCUCUCUGGUCGAACUGCAGCGGACCUUUGCUGAAAUUUCCCCGGAGAACUUCGGCUAUGUCGGUCUUCAUGGCCUUCACGGUACAUACGACGAUGCUCUGGAUUGGCUGAAGAGACCCGAGAGCUGCACACGACCGACAGUUGUUUUGUCCAUGGGAUCCUCCAUGGGCAACUUCAGUCGGUCUGAGGCUGCGGAUUUCCUUGGUGGCUUUGCCAAAGUACUGAAACCGUCCGACUUUUUGCUUAUCGGACUGGAUGCUUGUAAGAAUCCGGAAAGGGUUUUCAAGGCUUACAAUGACUCCAAGGGAAUCACCCGCCAAUUUUAUGAAAAUGGAUUGGCCCACGCGAAUGCCGUUCUCGGGUUUGAAGCUUUCAAGCCGGCGGAGUGGGAGAUCUUGACUGGUUAUGACUCUUUCGAAGGUCGACACCAAGCAUUUUACGUGGCGAAGGUAGAUGUGGCCAUCAAAGAUGUCACAAUUCCGAAAGGAGAGAAACUCAUCUUCGAGGAGGCAUACAAAUACGGACGAGAUGAGCGAGAUGCGCUCUGCCGCCGCGCAGGAUUAAUUCCUCAGAUUGAAUUUGGCAACUCUUCCGAUACCUACCACAUCCACAUGCUGUCCCCUGCCACUAUUGAGCACCCCACUCAGCCUUCGCAGUACGCGGGUCAAACAGUUCCAAGUCUCGAGGAAUUCCAAUCUCUCUGGACCACAUGGGAUAUUGUGACGAAGACUAUGAUUCUUCGUGAAGAUCUUCUAUCAAAGCCCAUCAAGCUCCGAAAUGCACUGAUAUUCUAUCUCGGCCAUAUACCGACAUUCUUUGAUAUUCAUAUGACUCGAGCUUCUCGCGGAAAGCCCACCAAGCCUGAGUCUUACCAGCAGAUCUUCGAGCGUGGUAUCGAUCCCGACGUUGAGAAUCCGGAGCAAUGCCAUUCUCACAGCGAGAUCCCUGACAAAUGGCCACCUCUGGACGAGAUUCUGGAUUACCAAGAGCGAGUGAGAGGGAGGGCACGCUCUCUCCUCGAGAACGGAUCAGCUCUGAAAGAUCGAACCGUCGGGGAAGCUCUAUGGAUCGGUUUCGAGCACGAGGCGAUGCAUCUAGAGACCUUCCUUUACAUGCUGUUGCAGAGUGACAGAAUUCUACCGCCCAUUGGAACCGAUCCUCCAGACUUUGCACAGUUGUCAUGGAUGGCGAAGAAGAACAAGAAGCCCAACGCCUGGUUCCACAUUCCGGAGCAGACGUUGACGGUCGGCCUGGAUGACCCCAACGACAAAGCCAUGCCCAAAGAAUCUUUCGGCUGGGAUAAUGAAAAGCCUCAAAGAAUUAUUUCGGUGCAUGCGUUUGAAGCCCAGGCUCGACCAAUCACGAACGGAGAGUAUGCCAAGUACAUGCAGGCCAACGGUCUUCGGGAGUAUCCUGCUUCAUGGGUACUCGUCUGUAAGGACGAGCAAUACCCGAUCUCCAAUGGAAUCACCCAGUCAAGCCCCAGUGCAAGUGAGGACUUUUUGGCCAAUUUUGCUGUCAAGACUGUGUUUGGGUCUGUUCCUCUUGAUCAAGCGCAGGAUUGGCCGUUGAUGUCAUCUUACGAUGAAGUUGAAAGCUACGCUAAGUGGAUGGGAUGUCGCAUCCCUUCAUUUGAGGAGGCCAAAAGCAUCUAUGCAUAUUCGGAUAAGCUCCAAGCUAGUGCUCCUCGUGGCACUUCUAAUGGUGUAAAGGUCGCCGAGCAGCGUGUGGCACAGAUGGGAGCAAUCAACGGUGCUUCCAGCAACGGUGCUUCCAGCAACGGUGCCAGCAGUUCUUCCUCCAACGGAGUUGGCCAUUCUUCGCCAUCUUUGUUCCGGAGUCUUGAAGGUUCUAACAUUGGUUUUAAGCACUGGCACCCCGUUCCGGUCACACCUAAUGGCGAUAAACUUGCAGGUCAGGGUGGCAUGGGCGGUGUUUGGGAGUGGACCAGCUCCCCGAUUUUGCCACAUGAGGGCUUUAAAGCCAUGGAAAUCUAUCCAGGAUAUACCUCGGACUUCUUCGACGGGAAGCAUAACAUCAUCCUCGGCGGGUCAUGGGCGACUUUCCCCCGCAUUGCGGGGCGAUCCUCAUUUGUCAAUUGGUACCAACACAACUAUUUGUAUGCGUGGGCGGGUGCUCGUCUGGUGAAAGAUGUUUCUCUGUAA